AUGGCAUCUCGGCAACCGGAGCCACUUGUUCAGCCUAAAUGUAAAACUUGGCGAACCAAACAUGGAGGUUGCUGUGUGUUUCCAUUCAUUUACCACGGGAAAAAUCGGCACUCGUGCGUAGUUGACAAGCUCUUCGGGCUGUGGUGCUCCACCACGGAUAACUUUGAUGUUGACAAGACUCGAGGUGUGUGUGAGGAUUUCAAAUUCACCUUCACAACUCUUGGUGCGGUGGGUUCGAAUGGGCCAACAGGUACAUCUGGAUAUAAAGGCACAACAUUGCAAGGGAAGAUUAGAAUUGAAAACGGCAUCCAAUUAUGGACUGUACCCUUAAGUGGAUCUUACGUCAUAGAAGCCUGGGGAGCAUCCGGAGCUGAAGGCCGCCAAUCUGAUAAGGUGUCAGCGGUCACAAGACCAGGAGGGAAAGGUGCUUAUGUAAAAGGAACUUUCAAUCUCACCCGUGGAAAGGAACUCAAAAUUCUCGUUGGACAAAGUGGCAGCAGGGGGAAAGCUGGUUCACCGUUACCGGGAGGAGGAGGAGGGGGAACGUUUAUCACUUCUUCAGCAGACGCUCCAUUGAUUAUUGCUGGUGGAGGGGGAGGAGGUGUUGCGCAGCCACAAAAUUUCCAUGAAGGGGAUUCAGGCCAGACCACACGGAAUGGGUCACAGGCAGGAGGCGCUGACGGAUAUGGGGGAAACCUUUACGAAAAGGGCUCCCCGUUAGCUUCAUUUGAAUGUGGAGCGGGAGGUGGCUUGAACGGGGAUGGGAAGUCUGGCGAGAUCGAUGAAGGGGGAAAAGGAUUUAUAAACGGAGGGAAAGGAGGGAACUCCCCCAAUGGAGGCCUUGGAGGGUUUGGGGGAGGUGGUGCAGCAUGGCGUUAUCCCGGGGCAGGGGGUGGGUAUUCAGGCGGGGGCGUUGUGAAGGAUAAAAAAGAAACCAUCGCUGGCGGAGGAGGGUCUUUUAACACGGGUGCUAACCCGAAGAAGGGAGAAGGACUGGGAGGGGAUGGGAAGGUGAUCAUCACACUUCUGGAGGCUGAAAAAGGAAAAUCUCGAAAGUAAUAUUGAUUCUUCAAGUUAACGAGGUUCUCACAGGAAGGUUAAAGUUUCCAAAGGGUCUUGAUACUCUUGAUAUUAGCAGCAAGUCAAGAAUUUAAAGAAAGCGGCAAAACUUUUGAGUCUGUAAAACAU